CUUCAAACUCUCAUCAAUCAUCCUAGCAGCACAGAUAUUCUUGCUUCUGACGGUAAAAGUGCCCAAUCAUUGGACGCUUUGAGAAAAGAGCUUACCGAACGCUUUUCAUAUGCUCAACUUCGUCCAAUGCUUUACAAGAUUGGCGAGAUCGUCAAGGAGAAUUCUAGUUCCAUGUUUCAAGAUGUUCAAGCUGGGAAAAAGACGGAAGUCCGAGACUUCAAUGGCUGGCUGGUUGAGACUGCAAGCUUCCUUAGCCAAGAGGACAGUAGUCAGCGAGGAGUCCUGGACGUGUCCUGCCACCAGGCCAUGGUCGAUUUAGUAGAAUCAGGCGCUAUUAUGAAUGAAGAAGAGCUAGCAAAGCAUGUUUUGUCAUCAUAAUCUUUUUAUAUAUUUAUUGAAUGAGAGUAGUAUACAUAGAAA